CUAAACCUCAGUAAUCCCAACAAGCCUUAUCUGGAUUUAGAGGAAGGCAGAAGCUUCUCCUCAUUACCUCCUUGUGUUUUAGCAUUGUAGGACAUUAGAAAACCACUACAAUUUUCUUCCCUCAUCAUGGGCAAUAGCAAAAGUGGUGCCCUAUCUAAAGAGAUUCUGGACGAACUUCAGCUGAACACCAAAUUCACUCAGGAGGAGCUGUGCACUUGGUAUCAGUCUUUCUUGAAGGAGUGUCCGAGUGGGAAGAUUUCCAAAAAGCAGUUCGAAAGCAUCUACUCCAAGUUCUUUCCAGAUGCCGAUCCAAAAGCGUAUGCCCACCAUGUCUUCAGGAGCUUUGAUGCCAACAAUGACGGGACAUUGGACUUUAAGGAAUACAUGAUCGCCCUUCAUAUGACCUCCUCCGGGAAGACGAACCAAAAACUCGAGUGGGCUUUCUCCUUGUACGAUGUGGAUGGAAACGGGACAAUCAGUAAACCAGAAGUCCUCGAAAUUAUCACGUCAAUAUUCAGAAUGAUAAAUGCAGAAGACCAAAAACAUCUUCCAGACGAUGAAAGCACUCCGGAGAAGAGGACAAAUAAAAUAUGGGACUUCUUUGGCAAGAAAGAUGAUGAUAAACUCACAGAAGGGGAAUUUAUUCAGGGGAUCAUGAAUAAUAAAGAAAUCCUACGCUUGAUCCAGUAUGAACCCCAAAAAGUCAAGGAAAAACUAAAAGAUAAGAAACAGUAACUUCUGGGCCCCACCCCCUAGGUCAAAGACUGUGAGACAUUUCUACACCCCCAUUCUCAUUUCCAUCGACCUCAGGAAGACGCGGACUAAGCGGAAACUCCUUAACCGUCCCUUAACCGAGUGGUAAUACGCGUGUCCCGCUGCACCCUCUGUAUUGUAAUUAGGUUAACCAAUAAUCUGUGGAUUACAUCAGUAGUCUUCUUAUACUCUGAAGGUCACUCCCUAAGCUUAUUGUAUCCAGAAUGGAAAGAAGGUCCUGAAGACAUGAAGCAUAAAUAAAAAGAAAAAAUUCCCCCAAAAAAUUUCUCUACUGCAACAAUUUUUUUUUUUUUUGCUUAUUAGUAAAAAACAAAAAAAGUGCAUUAGAAUUAGAUUUUUUUGUAAAUAUUUUAGUGGUAAAAUGUAAGUAUCAAACACAAUAAUCCUAGGCAAGAAGAAUCUACAGUAUAUAUCAACAUGAAGAACAUUGGGGGGGGGGGGGGAGUGCUAAAAUUGAAGGAAAAAGUUGAAAUUUGAAGAAGAAAAAUUACAAUUACAAAAAAAAAAGGUUAUAAAAUCGGUAUAUAAUGGAGAUCAAUUGGCAACAGAUUUGUUUUGUGAAAAUAAAAAAGGAUUGGCAGAACAAAACUGUAAUUGUAUGGAAAUCA